AUGAGGGGAGCACCGCAGCUGCUGUGCUUGGCUGUGGGAGCUUGCAUUCUUCAAGCAUCAUUGGCAGCAAGCUCGCGAAGACAGCUUAAGGCCCAGUCUGGAAAGUUCGUGUUCAAUACACAGCUGCCAGAGAGCGCGACAAACCUGGGGUUGGGUGCUGUGGCCUUCCCUGGAUCGUCCAAGAAUGACCUCUGGACGACUGUGGGCAAAAACAUCACCCUCUUCCUGGAGCAGCAGUUUGAGGCCGGGAAGUGCAAGUUCAACAAGGUUUACUGCCAGGAUGUGAGCGAUGCAUUCGGGCAGAUGCUUCUUGAUGACCUGAGCUCAGCGGGUCAGUUUGGCGCGAGUUCCAGCAUGUCAGACUCUACCAUCAGCAAGCUCAACGAUUUCUUCUAUGUCUUUCAACCAAAGGGGCUGACAUCAGCGCCGGCAGAUCUGGUGGCUAAAGUGACAAAAGACACCCCAACCCCGACCCCCGACCCAACGUCAACCAUCAUUACCAGCAUCGUGACUGCCACCAAUGACUUUGAGGCAGCUGUCCAGAAGCUGACCGGAUUUGCGCCGCCGCCCGGCGGCUUCAGCAAGGUUUUGGAGAAGUUCUUUGGCAAUGCUGCUACAAUAGAUGGAGCGGCGGCGGCGGCUGCAGGCGCAGCUGGUGGCCGUUGA